AGAAACAUAUUCAUUCCCAUCCGGAAGAAAAUUUAUUUAUCUCUCCAGAGAAUCAUUUUGCUCAUGCCUCUUGUUCUCAAUAUACCAAUUGGCACUUAGGAAAUAUCCCACGAUGGAGGCCAACACAAAUGAUGAGAAGCUGGAUUCUCAGGGACAAGAAAAUCUCGUACCGACAGUACAAUACGCUCAUGGGCUUCCUCUUGCACUAAUAUGCCUUGGACUUGUCCUUUCUGUGUUCUGCCUCGGACUUGACCGAUCGAUCCUUGCAACCGCGAUUCCAAAUAUUACGAGCGAAUUCGAUUCCCUGAAUGAUGUUGCAUGGUAUGGUUCUGCCUAUUUACUGACGACAUGUUGUUUCCAACUCAUGUUCGGCAAACUCUACGUAGAGUUUAAAGAGAACUGGGUUUUCUUGAUUGCACUGGGGCUUUUCGAAAUCGGCUCACUUAUUUGUGGUUGCGCCCCGAAUUCCUUGGCGCUCAUCAUAGGUCGAGCUAUACAAGGAAUUGGUUGCGCUGGCGUUAUGACUGGUGCACUUACUAUACUGGCGCAAAGUGUACCACUGAGUAAAAGACCUAUGUUUACGGGCGCUAUUGGUGGCAUGUCUAGUAUUGCACAAAUCAUUGCUCCAACUUUAGGAGGCGUUUUUACAGACCGUGCCACGUGGCGCUGGUGUUUUUGGAUCAAUUUACCGCUAGGGGCUAUCACAGCUGUCGUCGUCGCUCUCUUCGUCAAGCUACCACCAAAGCACGCAUCAGCCAAGAAGAUCAAUUUCAGCGAGCUUGCUCGAAAGCUUGACCUGCAAGGAACGGUCGUCUUGAUGCCCUGCAUUGUGUGUCUUCUCCUUACUCUUGAGUGGGGCGGCCUGACAUACCCUUGGGGCAACUGGCGCAUCAUCGUCUGUCUCUGCCUGUUUGUCGUACUGUUUCUGGUCUGGCUCUACAUCCAAUACGUCAAAGGCGAUGAUGGCACACUUCCUCUACGAAUUGUUAAGCAGCGCUCAGUUGUGACUGGCAUGGUUUUCAUGUUUGGCAUCGCAGGUUCGUUGUUUAUCGUCGUGUAUUAUGUGCCGAUUUGGUUCCAGGCUGUGAAGAACACAACCGCAGAACAGUCCGGUAUCAAUUUUUUGGCCACAUCAGGCGCCAUGUCCAUCAGUGCUGUCUUGGCAGGUAUUCUGACAAGUAAAUCUGGGUACUAUGUGCCGCAGAUGUUUUGCAGCUCUGUCCUUGUGUCGGUGGCUGCAGGACUGAUGUACCGUUAUAGCCCCGAUACUUCAACCGGUUACUGGGCUGGCACGUUGGUCAUGUUCGGUCUUGGGUGUGGCAUGGGCAUCCAGAUGCCCCUCACAGCUGUACAGACUGUAUUAAAAGGCAGUGAUAUGCCAAUCGGCACAUCAGUUAUUAUACUGGCUCAGACAAUUAGCGGUACAAUCUUUCUUGCCGUUGGCCAAAAUCUUUUCCAGUCCGAGCUUGUAAGAGCCUUGAUUACCGAUGCUCCGGAUAUUAGUCCUGCUCUGGUGCUGCAGCACGGCGUAUCUGGAAUCAGGACAUUUGUAGAGGAGACCUACGGUGCAGGACUAGCGAGAGGAGUGAUAGAAGCAUACAACUCGGCCUUGAAGCAAACAUUUAUUGUUUGCAUAGUUCUCUCUUGCUUGACAAUAAUUGGCGCUAUUUUGAUGGAAUGGAGGAAUGUAAAGAUUGAGAGCGAUAAGGAAUAUUUGGUGGGCUCUGAGGGAUUGGCAAAGGAUCCAUCCGUGGUCUGAAACCAUGAUUUCAGAUAUGCAUACUGUUGGUAUGUAUUGUACCAUUAAGAGUCAGUUCUGAUAUAUAAUAUUGUGGAUUGGGGAGAGUAACUGAGAUAGC